UUGUUAGAUUAUUUAGGAAUUUCAAUUAUGUUCAUAAAGGAAUUCUCUACGGAAAGUUCCUUGUAAUGCCAGAUCAAAAGAUUAACGAUAACAUGAGAAUCCAUGGACGCAGUGUAACAGCUAGGAAAUCUAUGGAUAAUGUGCACUUUAUUUUCACAACUUUCAUUGGAAUCAUUUUGGGAUUCUUAGUAGGAUUGUCAUUUAUAACAUUCUCACCUUCACAGCUUGAUUUCCUUGCUCAUAUUAAGGAACAAAAGUCUUCGAGUAUACCUGCCCCGAGAACUUUGAAUUUGAAGGCUUAUGUUAAUGAAAGUAAAAGCAACUUAACUACACCUACAAAACUGAAUGAUACUACAAAGAUGAUAUUGGAUACAUCGAAACUCAGGGGUGCUGAAAGACUACCACCAACCCUUGCGGAAACAAAAUCUGAUUUGUAUUUACGUAGAUUAUGGGGAGACCCCAAUGAGGAUCUAGAAAUGAAACAAAGGUACCUAGUAACUUUUACAGUUGGAAGUGCACAGAAAAGGAAUGUUGAUGCUGCAGUGAAAAAGUUCUCAGGAAAUUUUUCAAUCCUUUUGUUUCAUUAUGAUGGACGAGUAAAUGAAUGGGAUCAGUUUGAAUGGUCGAAACGAGCAAUUCAUGUGAGUGUUCCAAAGCAAACAAAAUGGUGGUAUGCAAAACGAUUUCUGCAUCCGGAUAUAGUGGCACCAUAUGAAUACAUAUUCAUCUGGGAUGAAGAUCUUGGGCUUGAGCAUUUUAAUGCUGAAGAGUACAUAAAGCUAGUCAAGAAAUAUGGAUUAGAAAUCUCCCAGCCUGGUUUGGAACCUAACAAAUUUUUAACAUGGGAGAUGACAAAAAGAAGAGUUGAUAGUGAAGUUCACAAAGUGACAAUAGAGAAACCAGGAUGGUGCCCUGAUCCUCAUUUACCUCCAUGUGCAGCAUUUGUGGAGAUAAUGGCUCCUGCAUUUUCAAGGGAAGCUUGGCGAUGUGUCUGGCACUUAAUUCAGAAUGAUUUGGUCCAUGGAUGGGGCCUUGAUUUUAAUCUUCGAAAAUGCGUUGAGGUUAGUUUGUUAUCAUUUUUAAUUUUAUCACCUGCCCACGAAAAAAUUGGAGUGGUAGAUGCCCAAUGGAUUGAUCAUCAAUUUGUUCCUACACUCGGUAACCAGGGACAAGCAGAACGCGGGAAAGCACCAUGGAUGGGGUGUAAGAUGGGUUUCUCCAAUAGGAUUAAAUUCUGUUUCCAAAAGCGGGCAAUGCAUCGCGUUGAUGCAUUAAGAAAGAUUACGAAAUUUCAACAAUGGACUGCAGCAAUCGAUCACCGCGUUUCCGAUCUGACAUCCUCCGGCGAUGCUUGGUCGGCGAAGACGGGAACUUCGAAACAGGGAGAGGGACUGAGACAGUACUACCAGCAACACAUACACGAUCUUCAGCUUCAGGUUCGACAGAAGGCUCACAAUCUCAACCGUCUCGAAGCUCAGAGAAAUGAUUUGAAUUCCAAAGAUCUGCUGUUUGAAGGUGUUAUGACAUAUGAUAGCCAUUUAUGUUGGAUUUUUAUUCACUGUCUAGUGAGGAUGCUGAAGGAAGAGCUGCAACUUCUACAGGAGCCUGGAUCAUAUGUUGGUGAAGUUGUCAAAGUUAUGGGGAAAUCUAAAGUCCUUGUGAAGGUUUGCUUUGAGAGAGAGAGGAGAGUUCACGUCACUCAGAAAGAUUUCGAGAUGGCUGUGGCUAAGGUGAUGAAGAAGGAAUCCGAGAAAAACAUGUCUCUAAGGAAGCUAUGGAAGUAG